UCACUUUAGUAUUGUCCUUUGCGCGAGCAUCAUCUGGUUCUGUGAAUCAUCAUUUACUCUCAAUUCCCGGUCACUGAAUAACGGUAAAUUGAAAAUGCACAAGAGAAUGGCGAUGAUAUGUACAGCAUUAGCUGCACUUGCAGCCCUUGGCAUUUUGACUACUGCAGAAGCGGCACCAUAUCCUCAGGAACGAGCACUGUAUCUCGAUCAACUGGAAGAAGAUCCGGAAAAGAUGUAUGAAGUAUUAACUAAAUUAAACAGAUAUCUACAGCAACAAGAUAAUGAAAAACGGGGCGGUUUUGGGCUCGACUUUGGAUUAAAUCGUGGUUUCAGCGGAGCUCAAGCUGCAAAACAUUUGAUGGGUAUGGCAGCAGCGAAUUACGCUGGGGGUCCAGGCCGAAGGCGACGAUCUGAUCAAGCAUAAAUGCAUCAACUCUUAGCCUAUCCUCAGAGUUAAAAAAAAGUAAAUGAGAAAAAAAAUUUUAAAAACAACCCUGCGGAAAUUUUUACUUUCACGACUGUCCCACUUUACUUGAACGAUUCAUCUCUAUUAUUAGUUGUAGCUGUUUGGUGCUUCCUAUAAAUUGCCUGUAUUUAUUAUGAAAUAUUUGAAUAAGAGAAUCGAUAUUUCAAAUUUCAAAUCCAACUUGAUUCAAUCUCAAUGUCUCUCUAUAGGAAUUAGACGAUAAUUAGCAAUUGCACCUUCAAAAUUUAGGCACAAAUUAAUGGAUGGCAUCACAAAUUUUCAAUCUUAACUAGAAACAUUUCACUAAUUGCUGGAGGGCAAGAGUGAAAGAAGACAUUUUUUUCCUAAGUCCAAACUGUGGGAAAAAUAAAAUUUUUUCCAAUUAUUUAUUUUUUGUUUAUCUA